AAAAAUGGUAUAUAAGAGACUCCGAUGGACAUCUUCACAAACAGAAACAACAUGAAGCUAUUGUCAGUAAUAUUUCCAUUGAUCCUACUCGUCGUCGAAGGACUCGGGUCGUACAGGCACGAUGUCAUGUCCCAUUCGCACUGGCACUUCAUCGACCGCAGCGAAUGCGGCUUGGUAAAAAUAUACCCGCGACUGGCCAAAGGCGAGGCCGUCAAAAUCAACAGGUUCCCCUGGAUGGUCCAGGUCUUGCAACGAACCGUCACCGGCAAAAACGAAGUUUCCGACAAAUUCGUCUGCAGCGGAGCCCUAAUCAACAAGCAUUACGCCGUGACACCGGCCCAUUGCGUGGCGGGAUACGAGAAACUAACUAAAUUUAUCCGAUUGGGAGAGAGCUUGAGGAUAAGCUGCAUUCCGGCAUUCGACGAUUGCUCUUCCAGGAAGGUCAAAAUAGAUUCGAUUUUAAUUCACGAAGGUUACGACAAAGUCACGCUAGCUAACGAUAUCGCUUUGAUUAGAUUAGACGAAGAACUCAAGUUCAACGAAAACGUUAGACCUAUUUGCUUGCCAUCGGACGAUCUACUAGACAGUAAAUACCUCGGUGAAAAGGUGCAAGUGGCGGGAUGGGGCCUGGAUUCCGCUGAAAUCACCUCGCAAAUUUUGAAGUUCGUGGUGCUGCCGACCAGAGACAGGUGUGUUUGCGAGCAAAUUUUCAACUCCACGCUCGGCGAUAACCGAUUGUGCAUAGGAAUCGACGAUAUGGUCGAUACUUGCGAAGGCGACCCGGGAAGCCCCGUCGUAUGGACCAGACAGGAGAACUUCUUCACCAGGCACUAUCUCAUAGGCUUAUCGUCGUAUGGAGAUGAUGAUUGCGGUGUAAUGCCCGGAGUUUACACGAAUAUGGGAAAAUACGUGAAAUGGAUAUUGGAUAAUAUAUUAGGGAGUGAAUUCGAUACGAUUUUUCAAUUUGUAAACCACAACGUAGUGCAGCUUGAUUAUCAGCCAGAGGGCGAGUCCGGCUUAUCUGCAUAAUAAGUAAAGGCACUCCAAUAAACAGAAAUAGUUUAUACUAAAAUAUACAUACAUACUUCAUUUGUGUGAUUCAAUUACCCUGCAGGACUUGCAUUACCCUGUUGCUGAUAGACCAGUGACCAAUAAUACCCUUUUAACUUUUGUAGAUCCUCGUGAGUUCCC